AUGUACAAAUAUUCCAUGAAAAUAGUUCCAAAUUUAUCUUGUAUGCUUCAAUUCAAACAAAUUUUGCUUCAAUUCUUAAGUGUUACUUCUUUUGUUCUAACAUUUUUAUUUGGUGCAACAACAUGUUGGUUAUUAUGGUUAUAUUUAUUUUUUAAACUAUUUCAAGUAUCCUAUAUAAUUGGUGAUGAAUUAAUUAUUAAUAAAAAAAUCAUACAAAAUCCUUAUGAAUUUAUUCAUGAUGAACGAUCAUUGCAAUUAUUUCGACAAUUUAUAACUAUUGUUUUACUGAUUACUGGAUACUGGAUAUAUUGGAGUAUUGACAAAGGAUCAGAAGAAAAAGGCGGUCAUCCAAAACAUUUUAUCAGGAAUUCAAUAUUAUGGAAAUAUGUGGCACAUUAUUUUCCAAUUAAUCUUGUUCUCAGUGAAUUAUACAAUAAUAAAGAUACUGAAAAUAUAUCUGAAGCUGAUGAAUUCAGUUCUACUGUCGACUCAAAUUGCAAUAAUGCUGAAAAUAACAAUACAAAUGACGAAAACUGUACUCAUACACUGAUAAGCAAGAACAAUUACGCUAUAAGCGAAAACAAUAUGGCGUGUAUAAGAGAAUUAUUCCCUCCAAGUAAUAACUACUUAGUUGGUUAUCAUCCACAUGGAAUAUUUGGUCUUGGCGCUUUUGUCAAUUUCUUAACUGAAGCUAAUCAAUUCUCUGAGAAAUUCCCAGGGAUUACACCAUGGUUAGCAACAUUGGAGAUUAAUUUCAAAACGCCAUUUUAUCGUGACUUCCUCAUGUCUUUUAAUCUUAUAGCAGCAACAUACAAAGGGAUUUCUUACCUUCUUGAUCCUCAACAAUGUGGGAAAACAGGAAAUUUCGUUGUCGUUGUUUUGGGUGGUGCUCCUGAAGCAUUAGAUUCACGUCCUGGAAAGUAUGUCUUCCAUACUAAUCGACGAUAUGGCUUUUUCAAGCUGGCAUUAAUGACUGGGUCACACUUAGUACCGUGUGUAUCGUUUGGUGAACCAAAUAUGUUUAGACAAGUGUAUAAUCCUGAAGGGAGUUGCAUAAGAAACUUACAAAAUCGAUUUACCGAAAUGGCAACUUUCUCAACUCCAUUCUUUUAUGCUCGGUUUUUACUACCUUAUCGGACAGAUGUAAACACAGUCAUUGGACGACCGAUACCAUGUGAAAAGAAUCCGAAUCCAACAAGAGAACAAAUAUCAAUGCUUAAAGGAUUAUACCUCGACGAACUGAGAAAUCUUUACAAUAAAUAUAAGCCAAUCUAUGAUCCGAAUGGAGAUUUAAUGUUUGUUUAA